CGCUGCAGCCGAACCCAAGGGCUCCCCUCGCAGUCCACAGCAAGAUCCCGAGAUGGCUCAGUAUGAGGAAGUGUGUGUGUCCAGCUUUGAAGAGUUCAGCCAGGCUGUGGAGCAACAUAAUGGCAAGACCUACUUUACGGGUUCUAAGGACGCUGGAGGGGAAAGCUGGUGCCCGGACCGUGUGCAGGCUGAACCAGUCAUACGAGAGGCGCUGAAGUGUGUUAGUGAAGGAUGUGUGUCCAUCUACUGCCAAGUAGGAGAAAGACCUUAUUGGAAAGAUCCAAAUAAUGACUUCAGAAAAAAGCUGAAAGUAACUGCAGUGCCUACACUACUAAAAUAUGGGACAUCUCAAAAACUGGUAGAAUCUGAGUGUCUUCAGGCCAGCCUCGUGGAGAUGCUGUUCUCUGAAGAUUAAGAUUUGAUGAUGGCAAUUGUACCUUGAUUUCCUGACCUUGCUAUAGUAUAAACAAAACUGCAUAACUGCUUUGAAUUUGUGUUAGCAAUAAAUAAUUAUGGUGUCUAAAAACAAAAA